UCUCACUCACUCAUUUUGCGUAGGAGAGUCACUCAGCGCGCGCAACCGAGGCAGCUCUGACUUAAUCCGGAUUAUUACUACCAUCACCUUCUGUCCCAUCAGCAUUAAUCACCUCUCUGAUUUCCACAUGUGGAAAAAAAAGUCCACAUGUGUUCAAACUUCACGAGACGGGAUGGAAAAUGUGCACAAGCGCUCUAGACCUGAAGGUGUAGCCUAUUGAAGGCGAGACUGUGGAAACUGCGAUGCCCGAAGAUACUCUGAAAGACACCAUGACGGUCCCCGAGUGCCCCUCUCUUACCAUUAAAGCCAACAACAACAACAAAAACGAUCCACCACCUUCAGUAUCCAUCCCUCUGGUGAACGACAGUCCUCUGACGGCGGCAACAGGUGGCACGGAGCUCUCGUGCUUCCGCUGUACUCUUCCCUUUGGCGUGGUGGUUCUGAUCGCCGGCAUUGUGGUCACAGCCGUCGCCUAUAGUCUUAACUCUCAUGGCUCCACCAUCUCCCACUUCGGCCUGGCACUGCUGUCGGCUGGUGUCGCUCUGCUCGGCCUCAGCGCUGCCUGCUGGAAGCUCCGCAGUGAGAAAAAGAAGGAGGAGCGGAGACGGGAGAGCCAGGCCGCACUAGUCACCAACCAUAGGAUCGUCUAAUGACUGGUGGAUCUCUAGAACUUCUUGGAAUUUUCAGAAAUGUGAUUGAUGGUCAGAAAAAAAGUCUAGAAAAACCACAGAAGCAGCUUCACUUCUUCAGACCCUUUGGACGUCUUGCUUAACUUGCAACGUCUUCCCAAACAAACUCACUAAAACCACAAAACUCUUUGGAUUACAGAUUUUAACUAGUAGUCUUUGCCUCAUGUCUUCAGACUAUUCCAAGUGACAGGAAUGUGUGCCUGCUUCCGUGGGUAAGACUGAACUCAAUAAAAGAAUUAGUCAGGUCAGAUUGAUCCAGAGUACCAGGAACAUCAUCCCCUGAUGUCUACAGAGCCAGAGAGUCAGGAAAAGACUGAAAAGCCACAGGAGUAUCUUUACCUAACUGAUUUCUUAGAAUUCAGACUGUUCAGAUUUAGACAAGCACUCUAUAAAUUCAGUCUUCUUGCUUCUUGCAAAGAAGCUCAUAAAACCACAGGACACAGGAUUUUUUAGAUUUCAGCUUCUACUUCACUUCUCUUCAGACUGUUCAGAGUAUUAGGAAUUUGUUCACUUAAUGUGGUCAGACUCUCCAGAGUAUCAGAAACAUGUUCCUAUGAUGACUUCAGGCCCGAGAGUCAGGAAAAAAGACUUUAAAAACCACAAGAGCAUUUUCUAAGGAUUGAAGCUUUUCAGGCUCUCCAGACAUACAGCUUCUUGCUGAUUACAACUGCUUUCCAAAUAAACUCUCCAAAACCACUGGACAGUUGGAACUUAGACUCCUCAAAUGUCGAUAUUUUGGUUUUGGACUCUUAGGACACUCAGGAGUACCAGGAACAUCUUUCCCUAACUUAUAAAGCCUCUACUGUGUCUAGAAUCCACUUUCUCUCUUGGCACAAUGAGUCUAAACCUUCAGAGGACCAGGAGCAUCUUCUCAUGAUGAUGUCACUGAACGCUUCUGAUGUUUUGCUGAUUCAGUUCAGAACUUUUCGGCUCUUAUACAUCUUAUAGAGGAAAAGCAAAACAUUAAAAAGCAUCAUAUGACCCCUUUAAAUCAUUGGACAUUUUGGACUCUUUCAAGUCUCUUCUUUCGAGUCACUUCAGACAUGUUCUUGUUCAGAUAAAGAAAGAAACAUGAGCCCAAAUUUUCUGCAUUUUUUUUUCAUCCUAUGCCACCCUUGCCUGGAUUUUCUAUACCAAAUGUGAACGAGUCAAAACUAUGAAACUAUGAAACCUCGAGGGGAGCCAAGACUUUAAAAGGAGACACACAUCAUCCUGUGGACAACACUGGAUAAUGGGAUUAUACUAGAAACUCAGACUCUUCACAUUUGAACUUUUUGUAUUUGGACUUAUGGACACUGUUUUUAAGGUGAUCAACUCUGAAUAAACAUUGUGUGCUUUUUCAUUAAAGUAAUCAGGUGUGCCGGUGGAGAUUCAUAGGCUCAGUGUAGAUCCUGUAGCUUGCACAACAAUAUGUAGCAAGACACAAGAAGAUUACUCAUGACGCUGUGAAAGAAACACCUUAUUUCACAUGGGUUUCCCUGAUGGGCACGAAACCUCCAGACAAGAAACAGAAUAAAAACUAGCAGGAACGGGUUUGGAUCCAGAGCCCGAGGCACUGGUCCAUGUAAAGUGGUUGGUGUGUGAGGGGUUACAGAGGUGAAGAAGGCAUUUCUGGAUAUGCACAGCUGUUUCCAGAUGUUCAGGAGUUGCAGGACACUGACCUUAAAGUGAUUGGCUGCGGUUGCUUUUUGCUUUGAAGUGGACCGGCAGGAUUUUCAGGAUUUUUAUUUCUUCCUUCCCCCCACUCUUCUUCCCUCUUCUCUCUCUCUCUCUGUCUCUGUCUCUCUCUCUCUCUCUCUCCCUCACAUUGCAGAUUGUUUGCAUCUGUUUAGCUGGGCAACAAGCCAGACUGUGAGCGUCAGGAUUAAGAAGAAUAGCUGCACUACAAUCCCAAAGACGGGAAGAAACACAUUAAUUCACCUCUCCUUCCUCCACUCUUUCUUUUUUUCCGAUUUCUACCUCUUGUUCUCUUUUUCUCUCCUUCGGACUGGUUGCCUCUCGCACUUUUUCUCAGUAAAAAUACAUGGUACUUAUAAACACUAUCGUUUGAUGGUAUGGAAACUUCGGUCCUAGUGAUUGAAGAACUUUACUUGCUACAUUUACCAUUAAGACUCUAUAAUGAUGUGACUUGAUGCACAAAACUAGUGCCCUUCAGAGCCAUAUUGACUCACGGGACAUGACAGUAACUUAUGAGAAUGACUAUAACUACAGAUAACUCAUGCUAUAUGAUAUCACUAUUGGAUGUGUAACUGUCUUACUGCACUUUGCUGUAUGGAUAUAAACAGCGUUUGGUUGACGUGAGGUUCUCCUGAACUUCCAAACAGUGUUUAUCUUCUGAACAAUUUUUUAAGAAAUAAAUAAAAUUAAUCAGUUGGCACAACUCAA